AUGCGCGCUUCUUUAUUGUCCCUUGCCUCUUUGGCUACUUCUGCCUGGGGCUACGACCAGGUCCUUGGUUUCAACAACAAAGUUGUAACCGAGACUCGAUCACUCGAUGAGAUUCACAAGGCAGCACUCAAGGAGGGAGGCGUUGUCACCCUCUGGCACGGCGGAGAUGCGGUUAACCAGCAGGCCGGCCUGAAGAAGGCCUUUGAGAAGCGCUUCCCUGGUAUGCACCUCAACAUUACCGUCGAUCUAUCCAAGUACCACGACGCCAGGCUCGACCAACAACUUGCUGCUGGUGGAAAGGCUGUCUACGUCGACAGCGUCAUUCUCCAGACAUUGCACGACUACCCCCGUUGGGCUCAAGAAGGCGCAUUGCUCAACUACGCGCCCAAGGGCUUCGACCAAAUCGAAGCCGCGUACAAGGACACCACAGCUUCUUGGUAUGGUGUUUAUAUCUUCUACUGGACUUUCGGGUGGAACGCCAAGAAGCUCCCUGGAAUCAAGGCACCCGUCGACUAUCCCGACUUUCUUCGCCCCGAGUUCAAGGACAAGCUUGUUCUGACCUACCCCAAUGACGACGACGCGGUCCUCUACGCUUUCCAGCUCAUCAUGCAACAGUAUGGUGUUUCUUGGUUCGAGAAACUUCUCAAGCAGAACCCUCGAUGGGUUCGUGGUACCGCGACACCCGCAUCUAUUGCCCGGGCCAGUAACUACACCGAAGCCGCUUUCUUCGCUACCGGCGGAGCCUUCCAAAAUUCCGAACCUAUGCACUAUGGUCAACCCAAGAACGGCAAGUACGUGACUUGGGCGCAGAUGGCCGGUAUUCCCAAGGAUGCGCCUCACCCGGAGGGAGCCAAGCUUCUUCACAAUUUCAUCCUUAGCCCCGAGUUCCAGAAGAGUGUGGGUACCUGGUCCGUUCGUCGUGACAUACCUACUCCCGAGGGUUACCCUGAUCUUGCCAACGAGACUACUACCAACCCUACCGAGUUCACGCGUUGGAUGUCCGACCGCGCCACGGUUGAGAGACUCCGAUUCUGGUUUGAGGCUCAAAUUGGUUCUGCACAGGGUGUUGACCCAAUUCACGAUCCCAUCAACAUGCAGUAA